AUGACUCCUCCAGCGGCUCUGGUAGACCAGGAUUUUGAACAUAGACCACUUAAAAAACAGAAGCUUGAUCCGGAAGCCGACAAAACAACCAAUCCCGACCAGUCUGCUACCAUCUGGCGACAUCCUCUUGGAAUCCGUCCUUCUGGAAAUGCCUUUACCGCUACUACCAAUCUGAAAGCUGCCAUUGGAACCUUUGCUCUGCUGCCUGAUGAACUUCUGACUCAGUUUCUGGAAUAUCUUGACGCACAGGACCUGCUCCGAUUGGGCGCCACUUGCCGUGCUCUGCAUGCCUUCACUAGAUCAGAGGAGCUCUGGAAAGCUCUUUUCUUAGAGUAUGUACAUUUUUAUAUAGUUGCUGCUACAUGCCAAUCUAACGUCAACUUAAGGUCGCAACCCGAGAACUUCAACUGGCGCGGCACAUGGAGAUCGACUGUCUUGUCUCAACCACGUUCUCAAGAACCCGAUGUGGAUUGUAGCAACCUCUUUNCUGAUGCCCUUCACCGACCAUAUUUCUGUGCUCACGUGCCCCUGGAACCCUUUGUGUCUAACAUCCCGGCUCGUAACCAGAUCCAUCGUCUCACGUCGUUAACCUUUGAUGAGUUCACCGAAUCCUUCACCAACAAGCCCUUCAUCAUCUCUGAGCCAACUAAGCGCUGGCCAGUCUUCGGGUCUUGGUCUGCUAAAUCGCUGCUCAAGCAAUAUUCCAAGGUCAAGUUCAGAGCAGAGGCGGUGGAUUGGCCCUUUGAUGUCUAUGUUGACUAUAUGAAGGACAAUCACGAUGAGAGUCCUCUGUAUCUCUUUGACCGCUCCUUUGCAGAAAAGAUGAACAUCCAAGUAGCUGACAGCUCUGCUGCACACCUGUACGAGGGCGCCUCUCCUGAUGCGCCGGGCAUAGAAAAUGAUCGAAAAGCAGCAUACUGGGCACCUUCCUUCUUCGGUCCUGAUCUCUUCAGCGUCCUUGGUACCCAAAGACCCGAUCAUCGCUGGUUAAUUAUUGGUCCUUCUCGCAGUGGCUCGACUUUCCACAAAGAUCCUAAUGCGACCUGCGCCUGGAACGCGGUCUUGACUGGGCGCAAGUACUGGAUCAUGUUUCCUUCUUCUCCAUCUCUUCCACCACCACCUGGUGUUUUCGUAUCGGCCGAUCAAAGCGAGGUGACAUCCCCACUAAGUAUUGCUGAAUGGUUCCUUGGAUUCCAUGCCGAGGCUCGCCGUACGGAAGGGUGUAUCGAAGGCAUUUGCGAGGCUGGCGAACUGCUAUACGUACCUGCUGGCUGGUACCAUCUGGUCGUCAACCUCGAAGACUCGAUUGCGUUGACCCAGAACUUUGUACCACGUCAGAGACUUGCUUCAGUGUUGCACUUCCUCAGAGACAAGCCUGAUCAAGUCAGUGGAUUUGCGAAAGACGUCNAAGAUCCAUAUGAGCUUUUUGUUACAAAGCUCAAAGAACAGGAACCAGAGGCCCUGGAAGAGGCACUGCCCAAACUAGAAANNAAAAUGAGCAAGGGUCCGAAAGGCAAGUGGGCAGAGCUGACGAAGACGUCUGAGGAUGCCAGCAUUGAAGGCGGUUUCUCCUUCGGCUUUGGGGGAGACGACGAUGAAGAGGUGCCGUAG